GGCUCCCGUCACUUCUUUCGCGGCCACUUCGUUCUACCCUCUCGGCUGACUACUGCAAUCUGCUUUGAAUUUGUAUUCCCUGUCUCGUCUGCCAAAACCACUUUUUAUAUACUCAAAGCCAUCAUGCCGCGCCGAAAGUUCAUCGACAAGAAAACCGCCCUCAAUUACAAACUCGUCCACCGCGCUCAGAAUGACCCGCGUAUUCACGAUGCAGAGGCCUCCGAAAUGGUCUUUGCAGAGGUCAACACGCCCAAUGCGCGGGAAGUCUCCGAGCCUGCCGGUAGUUCACGCGCAUCCCAAUACUCCUCAACCUCCAAAUAUUCUUCAGCAACGGGAAAGAGUCAGAUCAAAUCACGAGGCGACUUGGAAAACGAAUUUGGAUUGAGGGCCCGGAACAACGAGGGGGAGGCUGCAAACCAUGGCAUUUACUAUGACGAUACCGAAUACGACUACAUGCAGCACAUGCGUGAUUUGGGAUCUGGCGGCGGCGAUGCUUACUUCGUCGAAGCACCCGCUGACAAGAAGAAGGGCAAGAAGAAGAUGGACCUUGCAGAUGCGUUGCGAAUGUCUUCGCUCGAUGACAGGCAGAGCGACGCCGGCAUCAGUAUGAGCAGCAGUGUCAGCCGAGCACCGAGUGAUGUCUUUGGCGAAGACAUGGCGCCUUCCGAGUUCGUACGCAAGACUACCUAUCAAGAUCAACAAAAUAUCCCCGACGCCAUUGCAGGUUUCCAGCCGGACAUGGAUCCCAGAUUACGCGAAGUACUCGAGGCGCUUGAAGAUGAGGCCUAUGUGGAGGAUGAGGAGGAUUUCUUCGCAGAGCUCACAGAGGAUCCCGCGGAGAUGAACCAAAGGGAGUUUGAAUACACUGAUUUCGAGGAAGACGACGUCAUGGACCGGUUCCUUCAAGAAGAGGAUGAAGGCUGGGAAACCGAUGACACCAUAAAGGCAUCGUCGCCUAAGCCCGUGAAGCCAGUCGAACCUACAGAUCCAGACACACUUCCUGCACCCGACGAAGCACCAGCACCUGCGGAAGCAAACCAGAUGGCUUUCAUGGAAGAGUUCAAAAAGUUCAAAAACGACACUAAAGCUUCUAAAGUGCCCAAGCCAGCAGCUCCCUCGGACGUGCAAUCCUCCAUCCUUACUGGCGCCUCCGCUCUCACUGAAGGCGGGCGCAAAAAGAAGCGCAAGGGUGCACUGACAUCAAGUACAAGCUACAGUAUGACGUCUUCUGCGCUCCAUCGCACUGAAGGCCUUACCCUUCUUGACCAGCGGUUCGACAAAAUCGAAGAGGAAUACGCCCAAGAAGAUUUCCCGGACGAUGCUUCAAUGGUGUCCGGGAUGAGUAAAAUGUCUGGCUUCAGCAAGAUGUCCGGGAUGAGCGGGAUGAGCGGGAUGAGCGACAUGUCCAAUAUGAGCGAGGCACCACAACUACGUUCUGACUUCGACAACAUCAUGGAUGACUUUCUGGGAAAUCACUCUAUGGCAGGCAAUAGCAAGACCCGUGUUCGUAAGGGGAAGCCACAGAGCGGUAUUGAGCAAUUGGAUGAGGUAAGGAAAGGGCUGGGACCAGCGAGAUUCUAUACUGCGAAAACACGCAAGGUAUAG